AUAAUACAGUUUUACACACUGCAGCACAAGUGGAUUUUAUUUAUGGUGUUAAAACAAGUUUAAAAAGAGGUGCCAAAGUAAAUGAGAAAAACUAUGGCGGCGAAACACUUCUUCAUCUUGCUUAUUCAAAGGAGAUAUGUGAGAUAUUGCUGGAUAGUGGAGCUUUACUGGAGGCAAGAGACUUUUUUUGGGUUUACACCUUUCCUUAUGGCAGUCCAGGGUGACUUAUGUACUGUUAACAUUCUGUUGGAAAGAGGAGCAGAAGUAAAUGUGAGAGAUAAUACAGGAAGGACUGCCUUUCAUCACGUAGAGGAUGAUUUGGAAUCAUUAAAAACUAUAUUAGAUUAUGGUGGGGAAGUAAAUAUAAAAGACAAUGAAGGAAAUACUCCUCUCCAUGUACUCAUUUCUCGUGGGUUUUAUUCUGAAUGUAUUGAGCUCCUACUUAAAAGGCAAGCAGGUGUAAACAUAAAGAACAAUGCAGGUCUUACUCCUCUACAUUUAGCAGUUUUGAACAACCGAACAUCUGUAAUUGAGUUGUUGUUAGAUAAUGGUGCCGACGUUUUCCUAAAAAAUAAGCGAACUAAGUCACCACUUCAACUUGCACUGUACAGAAAAGCGGUAAGGCCAGUAAUAAGUGUUAUGUUGGACAAGGGAACUAUGUUGAACUUUAAGGACAGAGACACAAACAGUCCUCUUCACUUUGCUGUUUCAAAUGGGGAUUAUGAUCUGGUCAAAGCAUUGAUAGAUAAUGGAGCUUGUGUGAACUCAAAAAACAGCAAAUGUCAAAGUCCUCUGCAUAUUGGUGUUUCAAGAUCAUUUGAACCAAUAGUUCAACUACUGUUAGAGAAAGAAGCAAGUGUGAAUGUCGGGGAUGCUGAAAACAGAACCUCCCUUCAUUUGGCUGUCUUGGCAAACAAUAAGACUUUGGUUGAAGCAUUAAUUGAUAAAGGAGCAGAUGUAAAUAAUAAAGACAAUCGAGGGAGUACCCCUCUCCAUUAUGCAAUUUUAUGUACAAACUUUGAAGUAAGCAUUCUUUUAAUCCAUAAAUCAAUUGUAAACCUUAGAGAUAAGUGUUAUAGAACACCACUUCAUUUAGCAGUCUUGUACGAGUUUGAUGCUGUAGUUGAUCCUUUACUUGCCUCAGGAGCUAAAGUAAAUUUGAGUGACAAGAAAAGGAACACACCUCUCCAUUAUGCUGCUCAAAAUAAAUCAGAGUCAUUAUCCAGAAAGCUUUUGGAGAGAGGAGCUAUAGUUGAUAUUCAAAACUCAAAAGGACAAACGCCCCUCCACGUGGCUAUAAAUCAUCUACGGUUCACUGAAGGUAACUGUGUUCGAGUGUUGCUGGAUUACGGGGCUACCAUGGAUGAUAUAAAAGAUUAUAAAGGGAAAACACCAGUAGAAUAUAGAGAGGAAUCUGUAGAUCUGCCAGGUUUGUUUUUAGAAACAAUCAUAAAAACUUGCUGUGCUAAUUUAGAACUAAAUUUGAAUAGUAAAGUUGUGUCAGACCUCAAAUCUUAUGGUGAACUAGUUCAUUUUCAAAACACUUGCUUAACUGAAUUGAAAUACAUGAAAAAAAAGAAAAUUGGCAGCAAUAAUCUCUAUGAUGUGUUUUCCAAAUACAGGGAUCCUAAAUUUUCUAUGAAACAAUCCAUGGUAGAAGCGAUUUAUUCUCCCACUUUGGAUGUAGAGUUUCCAUUAUAUGCCUCAUUUUUGAGAGGAACAUUUCAGAGAGCAAAAGUUAGGCAUAAAUUGUUAGAUUUAGCGGUAGAAAAAAUGAGUGCUACAAUUGAUAUAACAUUGCCAAAUGAGGUGAAAAGGCAUAUUAUGUGUUAUUUAAGUGACCGAGAAUUGAAAACUUUAUUGUACAAAUAAGUGUGUGCAGUAAGUAACAUGUGUUUGUUAACAUUUAAAAUAACUGCCUCUUAUUGUAUAAAAAUGCUACAAAAUAUCACAAUUAGUUCUACAGCAAGUAACUUACAGCUGUGAAAGCAUUAAUUUAGUAAGCAGAGAUAAUGUUCAUUUUAAAUAAGAAUACAUACAUUUUUGUUUCUUGAUUUAAUUUUUGUUGUCAUCUACCUGUAUAGUACAAAAACCAUUACAUUUUAGAAUACCAGUGUAUAACAUAUUAAUGAUCCAAGUACAUUACCGUUAAUUUUAUACUGAAAAAUAACAUUGAUAAAAUUUGCUUCAAACAGUGGAAUAAAGUUUAGUAAUUAUUAUGACAGAUAAGAUUAUACCUGGAUAAUAAUAAUAAUUUUAAGGAUAGAUAAAACAAUAACUAAAUGUAACUUUCUUUCAUAUGUUAGAAACACGUAUUCAUACUCAAAAAUGUUAGUGAAUAAACUAAACUAUCAGAUGUAAUUUAUUUUAUUUCUAAUUAUUUAAGAACAGUUUACUUCUGUAGAAAGUAACUACACUUUGAAAUAUAUAUAUAUAUAUAUAUAUCUAAAAUCAAAAGGAGUUAGUCAUAACUUUUAAUAUACAAUAUUGAUACAUCUUCACGUACUUUGUUCCUGCCAUAGACUAGACUUUUUUACAAAAGUUGGAAAGUGUUUGAAAUCAAAAUAUCCGUUCUGGCUUAGUCGGAAGAAAGAUGGAUUUCACAACGACUGUUAUCUUUAAAUGUUAAACUGAACAUGCAUUAUUACUCUAGAGAACACUAAACUAACUAGCAGAGUUACAAUAUUGGGAAUAUAUAUUCUUAGUUUAGGAUAUGAACAAUUUGACUAAGUAGUGGUAAUAUUUGUCUGUCUAUUCCACGAAUCAUUAUGGUGUUUAUUUAUUUAUUCUAAGAUUUCAUUAAUUAAAAUGUAUUCGUGGUUGUUUAGAAAGAAGGCUGCGAUAUGAAAACUGAAGUAGAAAUGAUUCCUUUAGGUUUCAUUUGAGUACCAUGACACUACGCUGGUAUUCUUUGAAUACACCACCGUACAUAUUUUUAUAUACCGUAUUGGAAGUUUAAUUAAAUCCGUAAUAUAUUUUUAAACUACAAAGUACUACUUUGUUAAUAACUAAUUUAAAUGUAAAACACCGUGUGUUUACUAUUUAAAAUAAUGUUUAUAAAUAAAAAUUUAAUUUGUAUGUUUAGAUAAGCAGUGUUUGUAUAGAAGACGUUUUGUUAAUACAGAGUAUUUAACGUUUCAUAUUAAAUAUUUUGUAUCGA